UUUAUGCAAUAGAGCGUCAGAAGGGGAUAGCAUCGCCAUCGCAAAAUGCAGGCGCUCCUACUCCCCGCGCGGUCCGCGCCGCCGCCGCCGGCGGUGGCGGCGUCGAUGCUUCGGCAGCACGCGGUUUCCGCAUCCGCGUGUGCGUCGCAGGCCCGCCGCCCGCUACCCGGCUCCGCCGGUCGCCUAAGAUGUGGGGUCCGCGAAAGCACUCGGCGGCGCCUCACAGCGGCGGCGGCGGCGGCGUCCUCAUCCUCAUCGGGACCAAUCUACCCGACGCCCCCACCAACAGAGGAGGAGGUGGAGCGGGUCAAGCUCGAGCAGGUUAAGAAGAGGCUAGAGAAAACAGCAAGGUAUUUCAAGAAUUUGGGUACCCUAGGAUUCUGGUCCCAGUUGGUGUGCACAAUUGUUUCUGGUGGAAUUUUGUCGUUCUCCACGGUUGCGAUGGGGAAGGUGACUGCACCCUUCACAUUCUAUGCGACUGCUGCUGGUAUUGCUGCUGCUUUUGUUUCAGUCUUCUGGUCAUUUGGUUAUAUUCGUCUCUCUGAAAGGCUUAGAAGAACGGCAAAAGAACCUGCUAAGGCUCCCCCACGCGCCGAUGUUGUCAGGAGUCUCAAAAAUGGCAUUCUGCUUAAUAUGCUCGGGAUGGGCGCUGCUGUUCUGGGGAUGCAGGCGACUGUUGGUGCUUUGGUAGCAAAAGCUCUCACAACCUCUACAGUACCGUAUCAGGCUGCCCCUGGCCAAAGCCCUGUUUUAUCUAUAGAUGUUUUCCUAGUCCAGGCUUCGGCGAACACCAUCCUGUCGCACUUCCUGGGGCUCGCGAGCUCCCUUGAGCUGCUGCGCUCGGUGUCGUUGCCCCCAGCGGAAGCCGCCCCGGCCCCUGCCCCUGCGCGGGCCUGAGCACAUUCCGACCAUGCCGAGCAAGAAAGAGAUCUGCAUUCCUGGGGCUCUGCACCUGUUGUUCCUUUUUGUAUGUAAGAACUAGCAUCAGGCUGACGCAUCGAUGCUUUUGGGUUUAAUUUUAAACCAACGUGUUCCCGUAUUUUUCGUGGCGCGAGCCUUCGCACAAGUAAUUACAUGUGGCUCUAGUGAUGGGCUGGUUCGUUUGCUUGUCA